CCGGGGGCGCCGAGGCCGGGCCGUGGGUUUCAGCGCAAAUGCCGGUUUGUGACGGAAGGGCGAGGCUGGCGUCUGCACAGCGUGCAGGCUUCUGCCUUGAAGGCUGGCGGGUCGGGAUUCCCAGCCCCUCAGGCAGAUCGUUUUCACCUCAGAGCCGGCCUCGCCGCGGCACAGCGCGCCGGCACCCCUCGGCAGAGAGGAAGAACAUUUUUUCAUCUAUAGUUUGGAAGCUAAGUUAAUAACAAAAUGAAGUCAGCAAAGCAUCUUUUGACCACUACUCAGAAUUUGGCAAGUGUUCCAGAAUUAACUAAUAAAAAAAGGCUACUUAACUUACCAAUGUCACCUAUGCCAAAGAAAAAACUCAGUCCCAAAUUAGUACAUGAUAAAAUUGAACCAAUGGUCCUAAGAUCUCCACCAACAGGAGAAUCUGUUGUACGAUAUGCUUUACCUAUUCCAUCAAGUAGGACAAAGGACUUGAUAACAGAAGAUGAAGCGAUCAGGAAAAUUAUCAGACAUCUGAAGAUGGUAGUUUCUAGUUUGGAAGAAACCUAUGGAUUUAACAUUGAAAAUGCAGAAAAACUAUUUGUGAAACCUGAAAAGGAAGAAUUAUCUUUAUCUGUUGGGGGUGAUCUGAGUUCGUUCUUGGCAUGUUGUUCACAGUUUGCAACUCAGGUUGAAGAAGCAGUUAAGGAAGAACGUAAUAUUUUGGAAUCUCUUUUUAAGUGGUUUCAAUGGCAAGUCAAUCAGAUGGAGGAGAUAAGUAAAGAUCAAACUCUUUUAGAACCAGAACUUCCAGCACCUGACAAAACUAUCAGUUUAAGUAUUGCACAAAUAGUAAGACGUGUACAAAAACUUGAAGAACUGAGAAGUCGCUUGACACAGGGGUCUAAAUACUCCUUCAAAGCCAUGUUGUCUAAGCCCAUGGAUAAAGAAAAUCUAUCAAAAGAAGGGGAAGGUUAUGAAACUAUACGGCAGAAAAUUGAAGAAUUCAUAAAAACCCACUCAACCGAAGAAUCCGUAGAUGCUUCUGCAAUGGAACCACAAACUGCUCAUUCACUGACUCAUCGAUUGAAUACCAUGUUGAAAAUAUUUGAAAACCAGUCCAAUAUGUUGGACAGAGCUCUAAAUGAUCAAAGUUUGCUUGAGGCUAAAUACAAACAGAUGCAAAGUAAUUUUGAAGUAUUAUCAGAGGAGAAACUGAUGCUAGAAAUUGAACUACAAAAGUUGAAGGAUAUAGAGAAAACAAAGCCUGCACAUGAUCGAGCAAAGAAAACUGCCAAAACAGAGAAGAAAAAAGACAAAAGAAAAUCCGAGGAUUCAGAAGGGAAGAUGUCUCCGGACAAAGAACUUAAAAUAAAAGAGGAUUUGCUUCAAGUCCAGAAAGUAGCAUGUGCUCUGGAAAUUGAGAACAAAGUCCUAAAGGAACGACUCAAACAGGCUUUACAGGAAGCUGAAAGAGCUAAGCAUCAACUCGACCAUUUCCUAAAUCAAGAGAAGGAGUUACUUAAAAGUGAGGGAAAGACAACAAUGAAAAUGAGUAACAGUCAAGUAAAAGUUAAAGGUGAAGAUAAAAAAAAUGUACCAUUGGAGAAAGAAAUAAGUAAAGCAGUAGUUUCAGAUUCAGGUGGACAAAAGGCAACUAUUAUCAUCCCAGAACAUCCACAGAUCUCAGUUAUCCAAAGCGGAAGACCUGUUGAAGAAAGGUAA